GCUCUGGUGUUCUUUGGGCGAAUAGUGAAUUUUUUAUUAUUAGGUAAAAACAAUCUGAAAACCCCAACUUUCGUAAAACUCGAUUUUCAAUAGAUUUUUAAAAUUUUUCUAAAAGCAGAUAUCGAAACAAGACGCAGCAUGAUCGAUUUCUCAUAGUUCAUCCGUCUUCAAGGCUACCAAUAGUCACCGGGUGCCGGUCUCGAGACGCAUAGGAAAUCCGAUACAGCGCCGAAACUGUCGGAAAUCAAGACCUUGUUUGUCUCCCAUUUUGAAGAGGACAUCUCGCGCUAUCAGUCAAUGAAAAAAAUCAAUACAAUUCUAUUGGAUGAUUUCUACAACGGUCUAGUUUUCCAAAGAACUCCUCAAAAAUCUGUUUCAGAAAAACUUUUGCUUAUUAAAACAUGUAUCCAAAUCUCUUCUUUCGACUACUGAAAACCAGAGCUCGCUAGCUCUUUUCUAACAAAAGUUAUUCAGAAAACAGUCAUAUACCAUUCUGUUUUUUGGAUGGACAAUAGUCCUUAAUAACAAUAUGUUCUUUCUAGAAUCUGCGGCAACUCGAGGCCGCUGUUGAAGUGACAAGGCAUGAGCAUCGUUAUAGAAGAUUAUUUUUCCUUAAUCAUAAAGAACUCGGCGAAUCUGAAAAUUUAAUUAUAUUACAGAACCAUUCAUUUCUUAUUGUUAUACAACCCCAUUCCGGCGAUGAGCCAAUAGCAGUGACAAUUCACGAUAAAAGAGCAAGAAUUAAAGUUGUAAUUGUAAGCCUAUUACACGAUUUUAUGGCUGAAUACAAUAAUUAUAUUCAAUUGUCGGACAUUGAACCAAGUUUGUGGCCGAAAACGAAUCAAUCCGAUCAAAUGCUUCUAAUGACUGAACCAAAAUCAUUAAGUUGGGAAACUUGUGUAUUAUCGACGAAAACAGCGUUUCAAUAUGCCGAACUGACAAUGUUUGUUCUAUCAACCGAGUCAAAGCUUAAAUUGGCACAAUCACUUUAUCGUUUUCGAUUUUUAUUUAGAGUAAAUAUACCAGAUAUAAAGUUUUCGGAUACAGUACCAUUAGAAACAUUAUGUUUUGGAAUUGGAACAAAUACAUCUCAGAUAGUCAAAAUGACUGCUAGAGUAUUGAUCAAUGAUAUUCAAGAGCUCACAGGAUUAAGUUUUUUAAUACGAUUUUUAACUCAAGUUGAUUUUAUGGUUAAACAUCCGUUAUUAUUGAUGUUCUAUGCUGAUAAUUUGUUACUUGGUAUAUGUGAUAGUUCCGUAACAGAACAAAAAGUUGUUAAUAACUUAUUACCUACAAUUUGUUUACGUUUCAAUUCAAUCACACAAGAACGAAAUAAAUUAUCUAAGAAUGGUAGUACUUUUGUGCGAGUUGACGUUCAUGAUGGAUCGGGCAAAUUAGAUAAACGAACACUAGAUUCUAGUAAUUUAAUACACGAUCUGUGCAAAUUAGUAUAUGAAGCUAGUACAGAAAAUGCAAAGAAUAUACGUGUAUUAUCCGAUUUUAUGGACAAAAAUGACAAAGGAGAUUAUAAGUCAUUCAAUGAUUUUUGUCAUUAUUUUCACGAAAAUAUUGACUCUCUAUUUCAACAGACUUACGAGUUGGAGUAUACACCUCUUUUUUCAAGUUUUAUGGGUAAAUUCGGUCAAGGCAUAAAUGAAGAACUACCAAAUCGAACAUUUGACAGCCGUGUAUUAUCAGAUGAUAUCAGAGAAGUUAUACGUGAUGCCAAUGUAAAAAAAGUAGAAAAUAUUCAAAUUUUAUUUGAUUUUACUGAACACACGUUCGAAUAA